AUGGGUAUUUUGAUAGUCGAAGAAAUGGAGAUCUCCUGGUCUCUUGGUGUUCACAUUAGAAAGAUACGAGUGAGCAACAUAACAACUAGGGUAAUCAACAUCAAGGAACACUUCAAGAUCUUGCUGAACCGGCUAGCACCGUCAGCUCCUGAACUGGAUCACGUUCAUAGACCGACAUAUGCGGUUAACGAGGAGCCACCGACCGAGUCGGAGGUCCUGGUCUGUAUUCAGAAAAUGAAGAAUGGAAAAUCUGGUGGAGACGAUGGGAUUAGCGCAGAAAUGCUAAAAUAUCUUCCUCCGUCUGGGAUUCGUGAGAUGACAAAGAUCAUCCGUUCAAUAUGGAUAAACGAAAGGAUACCUGAUUCGUGGAGACACACUAUCAUAAUUAGCCUCCACAAGAAGUUAUCCGUCACGGACCCAAGGAAUUAUCGAGGAAUCUCUUUGCUGCGUGUUAUGUACAAGGUCAUAAGGUCACUGGAGCGCAUUAUCCUGGACCGACUCAUUAAACAUCGCGAAGAAAUAACGCGCGACGAGCAAGCUGGCUUUCGUCCUGGCCGAUCUACGAUUGACCAGGUGUUCAUCGUCAGGAGACUGAUCGAAAUCUGGCAGCGGUAUUCGAAGCCAACGCAACUAGCGUUUCUGGACUUUGAAGCCGCGUUCGACUCUCCUCACCGAGGCCGUCUUCUCAACGCGCUUCGCGCCGAUGGAGUACCAGGAAAGUUCGUUCGCUUGCUUGAUGACAUGAAUCAACGAACAACUGCUGCAGUUCGAACACCAGCUGGAUGUACAACACCGUUUGAAGUGGUAACUGGAGUAAGACAAGGGGCGGUGGCAGGAUCCUUCCUGGUCAAUUUCGCCAUCGACGACAUUAUGCAAAGAACAGUCGACCAGUGUCCUGCCGACAUUGUCAUAGCACCAUCAGGGUGCCCCUUCACUGACCUCCGGUACGCCGACGAUGUUGUUAUAUUCGCGGAAAGCAGUACGAAACUUCAACAUGUUGUAAACCUUGUAUCGAAGCUGGCUGCAGCUUACGGACUACGCCUACUCCCUGAUAAAUGCAAGCAGAUGUGGAUCUCUUCGAGACCUCGAACGGGAAUCAGGGUGGACGGACAACCGAUAGAACUCGUCGAUGAGUUCUGUUAUCUGGGCUGUAUGCUGAAGAACAACGGCAGCUGCGAGAGAGAUGUUCAACAAAGAUGCGCUAAGGCCACUUCUGCAUUUAACUCCUUAACGAAAUGUCUGUGGUCGACCCCCAUCACCAACGAAGUCAAGCUGCGAGUCCAUCUAUCCGCAGUUCGCCCCAUCAUGAUGUACGGAUCGGAGACUUGGGCGCACCAUCAACGGGUAUGCCACAAUGAAGAUCUUUACGCAGAAAUUGAUGUGGUUUACCGGCGGAUGACACGUGGAAGAUAUCAACAUCUUGCACCGCCUUCGAAAGCGGCUAAAGUAAAUCGUCUUCGCUUCUUUGGUCAUAUAUUAAGGAGAUCGGCAGAUUGCCUUGUUCAACGAGUUCUGAAGAGUUCGUCGGGUUCGAGCUGGAAGAAGUCACCUGGCCGAAAACGGAAGUUCUGGACUGAGGUGGUAAAAGAGGACUUGAGGACACUCGGCGUGGAUAGGCAGUUCAGGCAAGACGUAAGGUUUCGCAGAACAUGGAAUAGCGACGAAUGGAUUGAUUCUGUGCAAGUUCUCGCAGAAGAUCGAGAUGGUUGGGCAGAGCUGUGUUCAAGGACGGCACACCUCGGCGAAGAUGCGGGUAAUCGCGUCAGGCGAUGA